AUGAAGAUCACUAGAACAGAAGAUAUCAUUAAAAUCGAACAACAGCAAUUUAUUGACAAAUUGCUAAAUUAUUUUAAUAUGAAAGACUGUAAACCAAAGAGGACUCCAAUGGAAAAAGGAUUCCAAUAUAACGACAAGGCCAAAAUUUUGACAAACAUUCCAUAUAGACAACUCAUCGGAGCUUUGAUGUAUUUAGCAACAACUAGUAGACCUGACAUCAGUUAUGCUGUGUCAUAUUUGAGCAGAUUUUUGGAUCGUGUAACUGAAGAGACCUGGACUGCAGGAAAACGAGUCUUGAGGUAUCUACAGGGAACUAAAACUCUAGGAUUGACUUAUACUAAACAUACAAAUAGUGACGUAAUACUUGAAGGAUAUUCAGAUGCUGAUUGGGCAACGAACAAGGAAAGUAGAAAAAGCAUUAGUGGAUCUAUAAUUUUAUAUGGUAAUAACCCAAUAUCAUGGUCAUCCAAGAAACAAACUUGCGUGGCUUUAUCAACAGCGGAAGCUGAAUAUGUGGCAGCAGCACAAACAGCUCAAGACCUCUCUCUCUCUUCUAGCCGUUUUCUAUCCUUUGGAUAUAGGCCUCUCUCAUAUUUUUCCAGUUUUCCCUGUUCUGUGCCACUUGGUACCAGUUAA